AGACGGGUUGCGGCUACACCCGGGUGCAGGUGUCUCGAGCCUGACUCGGCGGCACGGCAAGGUGCCGGGGAGGUAGGUCGACCAGGCCUCCCGCACUCGGCUGUAGGCGCUGGGCUGGGAGAGCGCUGUUAUGUAAGAGCCAUACUGCGGGCUGCGGGCCGGUUCGCCCUCAGGAGGAAGGGCGUGGGGAGGGGGUGUCCACUGCCUGCAGUCCGCCGCCGCGCAGUCGCCACGCAGUCAUGGACGCGCUGGUGUUCUUCGUGAACGGCAGCAAGGUUGUAGAUCCACACAUUGAUCCGGAAUGGACCCUUUUGUUUUAUCUUCGGCAGAAAUUGCGCCUGUGCGGUACGAAGCUCGGCUGCGGCGAGGGAGGCUGCGGCGCAUGCACCGUCAUGGUGUCGCACUACGAGCAGUCCUGCAACAAAAUCGUUCACCGGUCGGUGAACGCCUGCCUGGCCCCGGUGGCCGCCAUGCACGGCCUGGCCGUCACCACCGUGGAGGGCAUAGGCAGCACCCGCACCAGGCUGCACGCUGUCCAGCAGCGCAUAGCGGAGUCGCACGGCUCCCAGUGCGGCUUCUGCACGCCGGGCAUCGUCAUGUCCAUGUACACCUUGCUGCGCAACAACCGCUCUCCGUCGGUGCACGACAUGGAGACAGCUCUGCAAGGCAACCUAUGUCGAUGUACCGGCUACCGACCAAUCCUGGAAGGGUUCCGCGUCUUCACCGAGGAGUGGGAGAGAAGACAGGCUGCUCAGUACACCAACGGUGUGAAUGGUGUGAACGGUGUCAAUGGUGUGAACGGUGUUAACGGUGUCUGUGCUCUUGGAGACAAAUGUUGCAAGAACCAGAACCCCGCAGUCGUCAGUCAAGAUGGCGAGCUUUACGACAAGACCGAGUUCGUACCGUACGAUGCGUCUCAGGAGCCGAUAUUUCCUCCUGAGCUCAAGAUGUCACCUGAUAAGUUCGCUCGAAGCAUUGUAAUUAAGGGUAAAAGAACAACGUGGUUCCGACCUGCAAGUCUUGAUGAAGUACUCACCCUUAAGCAUAAAUACCCGGAGCUGAUGUCUCGUAUCGUUAGUGGGAACACUGAAGUAGGGGUGGAGACCAGGAGCAGGAAGACCUACUUCCCCGCGCUGAUCCACCCCAGUCUGGUGCCGGAGCUGCAGGCCAUAGCGAGCACCGCGGCUGGACUGCGCGUGGGCGCCGCUGUGUCCGUCACACGCCUGCUGCAGGCUCUGCGCGAGGAGCUGGCCACUCAGCCAGAACACAGGACCCGGAUAUUUAAACAAAUCGCAGAGAUACUUCAUUGGUUUGCUGGGGAGCAGAUUCGCAACGUUGCAGCGAUUGGAGGCAACCUUAUGACGGCUAGUCCGAUCUCCGACUUGAACCAGAUCUACCUUGCUGCAGGAGCGGAAAUCGAAGUCGAGAGUAAAGAGCGAGGCCGGAGAGUACUCCGCAUCGACGAGCACUUCUUCACCGGCUACCGACGGACAGCAGUGGCGGCGGACGAGGUGUUGCUGGCAGUCACCAUCCCCUACAGCACUCAGAAUCAGUACUUCCGCGCCUACAAGCAGGCGAGGAGGAGAGACGACGACAUCGCCAUCGCCAACAUGGCGGUGAGCGUGUGGCUGGAGCCCGACACGAGGACCGUGAAGGAUCUGGCCGUGGCCUUCGGAGGACUGGCGGCCACCACUGUGCUGGCGCGGUCCGUCCGCGACAAGGCGGUCGGCAGGCGGUGGGACGAGGCGGCUCUGGAGGACAUCUAUACGGCUCUGCUGCAGGACCUGCGGCUGCCUCCUGGCGCUCCUGGCGGCAUGGCGCGGUACCGCAUGUCGCUGUCUCUCAGUCUGUUCUUGAAGGCCUUCCUCGCCAUCAGCGAGGACAUGGGUUGCGCGCUGGACCCGGCCCAACGUAGCGGCGGCUCCGGCCUCCAAGCCGAGCCCCUGAGCAGCUCCCAGUACUUCACAGUGGCGCCUCCAGGGCAGAAGGACAGUGACGUGGUUGGACGGCCGCUGCCUCACAAGUCAGCUGCGCAGCAAGCUACAGGUGAGGCGGUCUACUGCGACGACACCCCGCGCUUCCAGGACGAGGUGUUUCUUGUGCUGGUGCUUAGCACCCGUGCCCACGCCCACAUCAAGAACAUCAACCCUUCCAGAGCGCUCGAGUUGGAGGGCGCAGUUGCCUUCUUCUCAGCGGCGGACCUUCCAGGCCAUCGGAACCGCUUUGGGAUAAUGACAGAUGACGAGGAAGUAUUUGCAUCGUCUAAGGUGGCGUGCAUUGGGCAAGUGAUUGGAGCUAUUGUAGCAGUAGACCAAGCAACUGGACAGAGGGCUGCUAAACUCGUCGAUGUAGAAUACGAAGACAUCAAUGACGUCACUGUUACUUUAGAGGAGGCGAUAAAGAAGACGUCUUUCUUCCCUGGCUUCCCUUGGACGCUGGUGAGAGGAGACGUGUCGAAGGCGUUUGCAGACGCCGACCAUGUGAUCUCGGGAGAAGUGCGGUUCGGUGGCCAGGAGCACUUCUACCUGGAGCCCAACUCCUGCCUCGCCGUGCCCAAAGAAGAUAAUGAGAUGGAGGUGCUGUGCUCCGCACAGUCGCCCGCUGAUGUCCAGAAAUGUGUUGCUAAAAUGUUGAACGUGCUCAGCAACAAAGUGGUUUGCAAGGUUAAAAGGAUUGGCGGAGCAUUUGGCGGCAAGGAGACUCGGCCUUUGAUCAUCAUACUUCCAGCAGCCUUGGCGGCUCAUAAGCUGGGGCAACCAGUGCGAUGCACUCUGGAAAGAGACGAGGACAUGAUACUCACCGGGAACCGCCAUCCUUUCUUCAGCAGGUACAGUGUAGCAUUCACCAGCACAGGAAGACUGCUUGGCUGUAAGGUGAAGCUGUUCAAUAAUGCAGGGAAUACCUUGGACCUCUCUGGGGCUGUGAUGGAGAAAGCAAUGUUAACGUUUGUGAACUCUUACCUAAUACCACAUUUGAAGGUAACGGGAUACGUCUGUAGGACAAACAUACCUUCAAACACGGCAUUUAGAGGAUUUGGCGGUCCCCAAGGUAUGUUUGUCGCAGAAAACAUGAUACGAGAUGUCGCAAGAUUUCUGGGAAAAGAUCCUACACAGAUAGCGUUUAUGAAUCUUCUUCAAGACGGAGAUAUUACGCAUUACACCAUGGAAUUAGAAAACUGCACAUUGCGGAGGUGCUGGCAGGAGUGCGUACAGAGAGCCCAUUUUCAACAGAGGAAACGUGAAGUUGACAUCUUCAACAGGAAGAACCGCUGGAAAAAGAGAGGGAUAAGCAUGGUGCCGACGAUGUUCGGGAUCUCCUUCUCCACGCAGUUCAUGAACCAAGCCGGGGCCCUGGUGCUGGUGUACGAGGACGGCUCCGUGCUUCUGACGCACGGCGGCACAGAGAUGGGACAAGGCCUGCACACCAAGAUGAUCCAGGUGGCAAGCAGGGUGCUGGGGAUCCCCCACGACUACAUCCACAUCUCGGAGACCGCGACGGACAAGGUUCCCAACACGUCACCGACGGCAGCGAGUGCGUCGUCUGACUUGAACGGAAUGGCAGUCCUAAAUGCUUGUCAAACCAUCGUAAACCGCCUUAAGCCUUACCAAAAAGCAAACCCCAAAGGCAAGUGGGAAGACUGGGUUAAAGAAGCUUACUUCGACAGAGUGAGUCUGUCCGCGACAGGAUUUUACAGGACACCUAAUAUUGGAUACAACCUGGAGAAAAACCAGGGAAAUCCAUUUUCGUACUUCACGUACGGCGCGGCGUGCUCGGAGGUGGAGAUCGACUGUCUGACGGGCGACCACCAGGUUCGGCGCACGGACAUCGUGAUGGACCUGGGCGAGAGCCUGAACCCGGCGAUAGACAUCGGCCAAGUGGAAGGAGGCUUCGUCCAAGGCUACGGUCUCUUUACACUCGAGGAGACGCUGCACACUCCCUCGGGAGCCGUCUUCACCAGAGGCCCUGGCUUCUACAAGAUCCCUGGCUUCGCCGACAUCCCUGCCGAGUUCAACGUGUCGCUGCUCAAGGGCGCGUCCAACCCUCGAGCCGUGUACUCCUCCAAGGCCGUGGGUGAGCCACCUCUAUUCUUAGCAUCAUCCGUCUUCUUCGCGAUCAAGGAGGCGAUAUCAGCGGCGCGAGUGGAUGCCGGCAAGGAGGCGUGGUUCCGCCUCGACUCUCCUGCCACGGCCGAGAGGAUCCGCCUGGCCGCCGCCGACCACAUCACAGACAAGAUUGAAGAGGCUGACCCAGGAUCUUACACUCCAUACGUUGUUAGAACGUAACAAACAUCGUAGGAGCGUUCAGAGCGUUCAGUAACAUUUAAAACAAGGUUUUCUUUUGAACUCAUUUCUGUAUAUAUUGAUGAAUGCAAAUAAAAUUUACUAAGAAGAAUA